GAGGCAUGAGUUUAGAGUGGCAACCAAGAGCAUCAUUUCGAGAUUAUAUAUAGACAGAAGCAGUAUGUGGGAUAUCCAUGCGAAAUUUAGAUCCAUAGGCUUCAAGAUCAGAAUAAGUAAUAGAGAAGCAAUUGAAGAUGGGGAUGGAGAUUUUCGAGGGGGAAGUGAAUGCAACAUUACCCCUGCCAUUGAUGUCAUUGAACCAUGUUUCAUUUGUCUGCAGGUCAGUUAGCCGGUCGGUGAAGUUCUAUGAGGAGGUCUUGGGGUUCGUGAGUGUUAAGCGGCCCUCUUCCUUCAACUUCCACGGUGCUUGGUUGUUUAACUAUGGAGUUGGCAUCCAUUUACUGCAAUGCAACUCUCCGGAUGAUGUCCCCAAGAAGAAGGGUGUCAUAAACCCCAAAGACAACCACAUCUCCUUUCAAUGCUCAGACAUUAGUCUUCUGAAGCGGAAACUAAAAGAAAUGAGCAUUGAGUAUGUGACUGCAGUGGUUGAGGACAGUGCCAUUCAGGUUGAUCAGCUCUUCUUCCAUGACCCAGAUGGUUAUAUGGUGGAGAUAUGCAACUGUGAGAACCUCCCUGUGCUUCCACUCUCUUCAUUCCCACUUAAGUUCCCAUACCCAAAGGAUCCUAUCCUAUCUUCUCUCUAUGGUGGCAAGGGACUUCCGAAGUUCCAGUGCAGGCCUUGUGGAGCAGAAUCAGAGUGUGUGAUCUUGGAAAUCUUGGUCACCGAUAUGAUGGACAUUUCCUUCUAGCAUUUGGUUUCUUUGUUGAGGGAAUGUAGAAGAGAUUCUGGAUUCAAUUGUGUACAGGCUGAAUUAAGUUUGUGUCUCAAAGGUGUCUUACUGGUUGGUUGUUGAAUUGUAAGCCUUCUUUUUGAACUUAUUUUGAGUACCAAGAAGUCACAAUAAAGAACCAUAAAAAAAGUAAAAAGAGAGUGAAUUAUAAGCUUGGGUAGUAAUGGGUGGAACAAUUGCUUUCUUAUAGUUUAUGCAAUAAAUUUGAGUUGUUUCUCUUCUUUUUUCUUCCGUUUACUGGUCUUAUGUAUCACCUCAAUGGUUAAAAAAUUAUUGUUUCAGUGGUGAUUGCUUUUCUAAUGAAGUCUCAUCCUUCUGGAUUUAUUGAAUAUGCACAAUGGACACCUCAAGCCAAUUGAACAUCCUUCUACUAACUUCUACGAUGUUAUCACUACGAGUUUGCUUUUAAGAAUUUUGCUCAAUCUCAAGAAAGAUCUGCAAUAGCAAAUAACCACAGCCAACAGGACUUAUCCCAUCAAUGUGGGUUUGGCCUAAUACCACUCUACUAUUAUACAGACUUAA